AUGAGAUCCUCGACGUCGCCCAGGCCCUCGACUCCGAUGCACGACCUCUUCAAUUCGAACUCAAACUCCCUCUGUAGCGUCUCGUCGACGGUGACAACGAUGCUGUCGCAGAGGUCCGAGACGGCACGCGACUUUUCAUCCAACCGAUUGGGCCGUCAGGAGUUUCUCGGGCGGGGCAUCCGAAGCAUCGCCUUGGACCAGGACUACUGGGAUGAUGCUCAUGCUAGAAUGAAUGACUCCGAUGGUGAGGGUAUCGCCAAAGUCGAGCAUGUGUGCAAACGCCCCGGCUAG